AGAGUGUCAAGAAUGAGCUCUUCAGACCGCCCAGGAAGACAUCUCAUUAAGCCAAGAAGCAGAACUAUGGCAGCUGUUUAAAGGAGACAGUAGUAAGUUAGGGUUUAUGGAAGAAUCGGGGAAGAAGACGUGUUCCUAAUCGGAUUUACUUCAGUAUCUUCGUGGACCCUCACAAGUGGAUUGUAAGCAACCUGAAGCAGCACCCUCUGGACUGAAUCUGAACAAUGGAGACAGCGCUAGCAAAAAUGCCAGAGCAAAGGCAAGUCGUUUUUCUUACUAUAUUGUUACUACUGUGGAAGUCUGGCUCUGAGGCCAUUAGAUAUUCCAUACCAGAAGAAACAGAGAGUGGUUACUUAGUGGCUAAUUUGGCAAAAGAUCUUGGGCUCAAGGUGGGGAAACUGGCCACUAGAGGAGCUCAAAUCCAUUACAAAGGAAACAAAGAGCUCUUGCAGCUGGAUGCAGAGACUGGGAAUUUGCUUUUAAAGGUAAAACUAGACCGCGAGGUGCUUUGUGGGGUGACAGAACCCUGUGUGCUGCACUUCCAGAUCAUACUGGAAAACCCUGUACAGUUCUUUCAAACUGAAUUGCAGCUCACAGAUAUAAACGAUCAUUCUCCAGAGUUCCCUGACACAGAAAUGCUUCUAAAAAUCCCUGAGAGCGCCCAGACAGGAACUGUGUUUCCCCUGAAGGCAGCUCAGGACUCUGAUAUAGGCAGCAACGCUAUUCAGAACUACACAGUCAGUCCCAACCUCCAUUUCCACGUCCUUACUCACAGUCGCACAGAUGGCAGGAAAUACCCAGAGCUGGUGCUGGACAGAGCCCUGGAUAGGGAGGAGCAGCCUGAGCUCACUUUAACCCUCACUGCUCUGGAUGGUGGAGCCCCACGCCGCUCAGGAACCACCACAGUUCGCAUUGAAGUUGUGGACAUCAAUGAUAACGCCCCCCAGUUUAUACGGACACUCUAUAAGGUGCAGAUUCUCGAAAAUAGCCCCCUUGAUACCUUGAUUGUCACGGUCUCUGCCACGGAUUUAGAUGCUGGUAUAUAUGGAAAAGUGGCCUAUUCUCUGUUUCAAGGCGGUGGAGAUUCUCAACCAUUUGUAAUAGACGAAAUCACCGGAGAAAUCCGUCUGAGCAAAGAGCUGGAUUUUGAGGAAAUUAGCCAUUAUAACAUAGAAAUCGCAGCCACGGAUGGAGGAGACCUUUCAGGAAAAUGCACUGUGGCUAUCCAGGUGUUGGAUGUGAAUGACAACGCCCCAGAGUUGACAAUCAGGAAGCUCACAGUCCUGGUCCCAGAAAAUUCCGCAGAGACUGCAGUUGCUGUUUUUAGUGUUUCUGAUUCUGAUUCGGGGGACAAUGGAAGAAUGAUGUGUUCUAUUCCGAACAACAUCCCAUUUCUCCUUAAACCCACAUUUGAGAAUUAUUACAUGUUAGUGACUGAAGGGCCACUUGAUAGAGAGAACAGAGCUGAGUACAACAUCACCAUCACGGUCUCAGACCUGGGCACACCCAGGCUCACAACCCAGCACACCAUAACAGUGCAAGUGUCCGACAUCAACGACAACGCCCCUGCCUUCACCCAAACGUCCUAUAACCUGUUUGUGCAAGAGAACAACAGCCCCGCCCUGCACAUAGGCACCAUCAGUGCCACAGACUCAGACUCAGGCUCCAAUGCCCACAUCACCUACUCACUGCUCCAACUCCAAGACCAGCAGCUAGCCCUCUCCUCGCUCAUCUCCAUUAACCCUGACAGUGGACAGCUGUUUGCUCUCAGGGCACUGGACUAUGAGUCACUGCAGGCCUUCGACUUCCAAGUGGGCGCCACAGAUGGCGGUUAUCCUGCGCUCAGCAGUCAGGUUCUGGUGCACGUGGUGGUGCUGGACGACAAUGACAAUGACCCCAUCGUGCUCUACCCACUGCAGAAUACUUCUGCUCCUUGCACAGAGCUGCUGCCCAGGGAGGCGGAAUCUGGUUACCUGGUUACCAAGGUAGUGGCUGUGGAUCACGACUCUGGCCAGAAUGCUUGGCUGUCGUUCCAGUUACUCAAGGCCACCGAGCCCGGGCUGUUCAGCGUGUGGGCGCACAAUGGCGAGGUGCGCACCACCAGGCUGCUGAGCGAGCGCGAUGUGCCCAAGCACAGGCUGCUGCUGCUGGUCAAGGACAAUGGCGAGCCUCAGCGCUCUACCAGUGUCACACUUCACGUGCUGCUGGUGAAUAGUUUCUCUCAGCCCUAUUUGCCUCUGCCUGAAGUGGAGCAUGACCCCAUUCACGGGGAUGAAGAGGUGCUCACGCUGUACCUAGUCAUUGCCUUGGCUUCUGUGUCUUCUCUCUUCCUCUUGUCUGUGCUGCUGUUCGUGGGGGUGAGGCUCUGCAGGAGGGCCAGGGCAGCCUCUCUGGGUGUCUGCUCUGUGCCUGAGGGCCACUUUCCUGGCCAUCUGGUGGAUGUCAGCGGUAUGGGGACCCUGUCCCAGAGCUAUCAGUAUGAUGUGUGUCUGUCAGGAGAUUCUAGGUCUGGUGAGUUCAAAUUCCUCAAACCCAUGAUUCCCAACGUGAUGCUUCAGGAUUCUGGGAGAGAAGUGAAGGAAAGCACCCCCUGCAGGGAUAGCUUUGUAUUCAGUUAACUGUUGUGUGUGUUUCAGUGAAUUUGUUUUUAGCAAUUCUAUUGCAAUAUGGUUCUCCUAGAAAAGUGAAUCAUUUUCUAAGUAUUGACACUGUAAUCAAAACAUAUGCAUGUCCUCCAUUACUAAAAUUGUUUUUUCUUACAUUCUUGGUAUCCACUGUGAUUACCUUUUCAGGCGUAAUGAAUAUUAAGACUUUACAAAACACAAUUUUUGUAUAUUACAACUUGUGUUUUACUUUAACUCAAGUAUUACACACACACAAAAAUCUAUUUUACUUUACCUGGUUGUGGGUUUUUUGUUUGUUUGGUUGGUUGGUUGGCUGGCUGGUUGGUGUUUUGUUUGUUUUGCUUUGCUUUUAGACAGGGUCUCAUUAUGUAGCUCUGGAUAUCUUUGAACUCACUUUAACACCAGGCUGGCCCGAAAUUGAUACACAUCUGUUUAUCCCAGUCUCCCAAGUGCUGAUACUUGACUUUUUAGUGCAUAAUUCCAAGUUUCUAUUGCUCAGGUGUUCGCAUAUCUUCCACUUUAUGUUAUUGCUACUGUGUAUUAAACAUAAGAACUCUUAAAUGCUAACCAUACAUUCUUUUAGUGAGCCUCACUGACAGUUGAAAUUCCUUUUAGUUACUCUUAGUGUCUAUGAACAUACGUGUCUUCUGAACUACAAGCAAUCACUGUAUUGAUACAUUUGAGUUGUGAACUUUUAUUCUUGUAAGAACCAUAUAUGCUAGCAUAUAGAAUAUUUUGCUCACCACAUAUCUAGAACAUUGGUCUAUGAAUUAUAUUAAAAAUUUUAAAGCUCACUUGUAAACAUUAAAGAGGUAACAUUGUAUAUAAUUUGUCAUCUCUGUCACUGAAUAAAAGUGUUAAGACUCUAAAAACACAAUCAGUGGCUGACCAUGCAUGUCUGUCAGGCCCUACGUACAUUUCUAAGUAACAAAAAGAUACAAGCAAACCAACAAUUAACCAAAUUCUAUUAAAUAAUUGCAUGACACAAUCUUGGUUAAAGACUAAUCUGAAUAAUAAAAGGAACCACUGAAGUUCUUCGAAAGAAUCAAGACUUUAAUGAUCUCAUUUUGUUGAACAAUCACUUUUUGUUCAUCCUUGUAUUUCGGAAAUAAAAGUGCAAAUGUA